CACAGAGCUCUGUAGCGAGCCCUAGUGAAGGGAGGGACCGAUUGAUAGCAGCACACACACACACAGUUCCAGCUUCGCCCGGUCUCGGCUUCCUCUGCUGUCCCGGGAGAUAGAGAGUUUAUUACCCCGUCUCCCAGCUUCACUGAGACAACGCGAGAGAUUAACCUUUAGCAAAUGCCCACUUCGAGGGGAGAAAGGGGACAUCUUCACUCAGAACCGCUCUGAUGUAACUCUGUGCAGGACAGGGGAGAAGAUGGUGUCUGAGGGGUUGAAGUCCUUUCGCAGUAUUUUCUGUUAGUUACAGAAUUUGCUCCCGGAACCUGCAGUAAAGCCCCUGGAGCUACUUAAAUGAAAACAAACGAGCCAAAUGGACAGGAGACAGUCAGGCAUGUCAGUAAAUAACUUGCCUCUGAACCAAGCAUCGGUCUUAUUCACCCCAUUCCCUGGUGUGGAUGCAGCAGAUGAAGAGAGCCGACUGAGAGAGGACCUCAACUAUUUCUUCAUGAGCCCGUGUGAAAAAUACAGAGCCAGGCGGCAAUUUCCUUGGAAGCUGUGCUUGCAAGUUUUGAAAAUCGUCAUGGUGACAACGCAGCUGAUUCUCUUUGGUCUGAGUAACCAACUUGUCGCAUCCUUCAAAGAAGAAAAUGCCAUCACCUUUAAGCACCUCUUCCUGAAAGGAUACCAAGGGCCAGAUGAGAAUGACGGCAGUUUUAUCAUCUACACCCAGCAAGAAGUUUACAGUAGCAUGUUUUACACUAUUAACCAGUAUUUGCAGCUACAGAAUAUGACUGUUGGGAAUUACGCCUAUGACACAGAUGUAAAAAAUGGAUCUUCCUUACGGAUCUGUAAGGAGCUGUUUAUGAAAGAUGUGCCAAUACCCUCAAACAACAAACUGGGAAUCAACACAAGGAUUGUAACAGAAUGCCUAUAUAUAGAAUCAGCUUCUGCAACAGGGGACACCUUUAGAGAAUGGAAAAUCAGCAAUUCGUCAUUUUUUGACAUUGAAUUUUACAGGUUGAUACUUAUAGAAAUCACAUUUAAAGUGAAGGGGAUAGACCUACAAACUAUUCGUAACAAUGAAUUACCGGACUGCUAUGAAUUUGCAAUCACUAUCACCUUUGACAACAAAGCCCACAGUGGACUCAUUAAGAUAAAGUUGGAGAGUGAGACAACAGUUACAGAAUGUAAAGACUGGAAGAUUUCUGGCUCACUCUCAAAGAACACGCACUACAUCCUGAUCUUUGAUGCCUGUGUCAUGUUGAGCUGCCUGAUGUCGCUUGUCCUGUGUACCCGAUCUAUUAUCCUCAGUCUGCAGUUACACAAGAGAUUUGUCACGUUCUUCCAGAGGAGAUACAGUCAGAGAGUGUGUUUAUCAGAUCAGUUGGAGUUCCUGAAUGGUUGGUACAUCCUGAUCAUUAUCAGUGAUCUCCUCACUGUCACAGGCUCUAUCAUGAAGAUGGAGAUCACAGCCAAGAACCUUACAACAUACGAUGUCUGUAGUAUUUUCUUGGGCACCUCUACCCUGUUUGCCUGGGUCGGAGUCAUCAGAUACCUGGGGUAUUUCCAGAAAUAUAAUGUGCUCAUUUUAACAAUGCAAGGAGCUUUGCCCAAGGUACUGCGUUUCUGUUGCUGUGCUGGCAUGAUCUACCUGGGCUAUAUGUUCUGUGGGUGGAUCGUAUUGGGACCAUAUCAUUCGAAGUUUGAAAGGCUAAGCACUGUUGCUGAAUGUCUUUUUUCACUCAUCAAUGGCGAUGACAUGUUUGCAACAUUCGCUGAAAUACAAGAGAAAAGUAACUUGCUCUGGCUGUUCAGCAGAAUCUACUUGUACUCCUUCAUCAGCCUGUUCAUCUACAUGGUACUCAGUCUCUUCAUUGCCCUCAUCACAGACACUUAUGAAACUAUUAAGAAAUUUCAGCUGAAUGGAUUUCCACAAACAGACCUCCACGUUUUCAUGAGAGUCUCCACGCUGACACCUGAACUGAGCAGACGUUGCAGCUCUGAGAAUGAUGAUCAACUGCUAAUAUAAAUACCUCAUCGCUGUCUCUUGUCAUUCUGAAUGUUGUAGCUGUUGGAAUAAUGAGCCCAGUGUGCACAGCCAAAAUGAUCACCCAUUUAAUAAAACUGAUGACUGAUGCCAUGACUCCCCCUGACUGACCAUAAUUGGUGUCAUUCAAGUGGAAAGACAGUCACCAAGUGUAUUUUUUUUUAGCUGGGUGAGAAUUUUAUAAUGUAGCCACUUGGAAAGCUGUAUGUGUGCUGCAUAGGUACAUCCGACGCCUCUCCUAUUGGGAAAUGCAAUUGUGUUUGGGAUUCAGGCAGGUUCAAUAGCUACCAAUUGCAAUCUGACCUUAUUUCACUUUGCAUUUGCUGUACUUUUACAUAUAAAAGUGUAUGUCUGAAAGUUUGGAAUUUCUCGGCCAUCUUUACAUUCUCAUUUGUUUCGGUCACAUCAAUGUAAAAGUUCUCUUCCAAACCCUUGCUGGUUGUUGGUCUGAUCUGGUCGUUACAGAUAAGAUCUCAUUCACUUUGUUAAUAUGGUCUGUAUGAAUCCCAUCCUUUUUCUAAAAAAAAUCAAACUGUAAAACUAUAGAGCUAUGAAAAUGGAAAUACGGGUCAGAACUGACUGGAUUGUAAUUUGUUGAAAGUCAAUUUUGUGUCAGUGGGAUAAUGAUUGAUUGUUUCAUAUUAAAUAAAGUAUAUGAUGUAUUUUAA